UCCAGUUAGGAUGGGAAAUUUUGGCGGGCAUUUUGCCCACACGGAGGAAGGAACCCUAGUAGAAGAGUAAACUCUGAGAAUUGGGAAAGGUAGAAAGAGAGGGAGAGAGAGAGGGGAAAAUAGAGUUCAGAGCUCAAAAACCUCUGCGAUUAUAACUCGAUCUUAGCAAAAACUGCUGUCGUUCUCAUAUUUCUUCACCCGAUCUGUAAAUUUGGUGGGGGAGGUAAAAAUCGUGAACCUUUUGUGAAUUUGGUAUGCUUGAGUUCAAGGUUUUUUGGCUCGCACUUGUGGCUUUUCAGAUUGAUUUGAGAAAACUUGGAAAUCUAAAGUAUGCAUUAAUUGGAAACUGAAGAUAGUAUCAUUGACUUAGAUUGGAUCGGCUAGGGUUUGGAUGACUCGAGCUGCAUUAGAGAAGACGGAGGACGCUAAACCUUUGGAUGCAACAUCCAGCAUCUCGCGUACCUGUAGCUGCAAUAUGGACCGUCCCGAAGCUCGAUUCACAAACUUCUGCGAGAUGGGACUGUCAUUGGAUGAGAACACUUGUACGAUAGCUAUGAAGCUGUUUAAAGAAACCAAGCACCUUCUAUUGGCGAAUAGUUCUGCUAUUGGAAAUGGGACGCCUGAUGAAGCAGAAAGGUUUUGGUUUGCAUUUGUUUUAUAUGCUGUGAAAAGGCUAAGCGUGAAUAAUGGAGAUAGCGAGCAACAAGGUUGUGAUGAUAAUGGCUUUACCUUAUGCCAGAUACUAAGAGUUGCAAAGCUGACCAUUGUGGACUUCUUCAGGGAGCUUCCACAUUUUGUUGUAAAGGCUGGUCCCAUUUUGAGUAAUUUAUAUGGUGAAGAUUGGGAAAACAGACUUGAGGCGAAGGAGUUGCAGGCCAAUUUUGCGCACUUGAAUCUUCUUAGCAAGCACUAUGGACGCGCCUACCGGGAUUUCUUCUUGACAAGUGAUGCAAAUGUUGAUAAGCAGUCAUCUGUUGCUAGUUCGUCUGGUUAUGUCUCGGACUACCAUCGUUUUGGAUGGUUGCUGUUUUUGGCACUUCGUGUACAUGUGUUCAGCCGUUGUAAGGACUUGGUGACUUGCACAAAUGGUUUGGUUUCUGUAUUGGCUAUUUUAAUUAUUCAUGUUCCUGUUCGCUUCAGAAACUUCAAUAUCAAUGAUUCUCAACGCUUCGUUAAGAAAGACGGGAAAGGUGUGGACAUCGUUUCAUCACUGUGCAACAUUUUUUACACCUCAGAAGAUGAGUUGAGGAAAACAAUGGAAAAGGCCAAUAAUAUAAUAGCAGAUAUUUUGAAGAAAACACCAUUUCCAGCAUCUGAGUGUAAUAGUGAGAACAUGGAGAACAUUGAUACAGAUGGUUUAACAUAUUUUGAGGACCUACUGGAGGACUCGUCCUUGACAUCGAGUUUAGGUAUUUUGGAAAAGGAUUAUGAUGAUGCAAUUCGUAGGAAGGGGGAACUGGAUGAGAGGGUGUUCAUUAAUGUUGAGGACAGCAUACUUGUUUCAGGGAGCUUGUCUGGAGGUGCUGUGAACAUAAGUGGUGUCAAGAGAAAAUUUGAUGCGAUAGCCUCUCCAGCUAAGACAGUUACAAGUCCACUCUCUCCCCAGUGCUCUCCUGGACCUCAUGCAAAUGGUGUUCAUGGUGGUUCUAAUUUCAAGGUGGCUGCUACACCGGUAAGCACAGCAAUGACAACUGCAAAGUGGCUUCGGACUGUCAUCUCUCCACUUCCAUCAAAACCAUCUGCAGAGCUGCGGCAUUUCCUGUCAUCAUGUGAUCGGGAUGUUACUGAUGAUGUAGUACGCAGGGCACAUAUAAUAUUGCAGGCUAUAUUUCCAAAUGGUGGUCUUGGGGAGCGUUGUGCGACUGGAAAUCUGCAAAGCACAAACCUCAUGGACAACAUCUGGGCAGAACAACGGAAUCUUGAAGCACAGAAGUUAUAUUAUAGAGUAUUGGAAGCAAUGUGUAGAGCAGAGGCCCAAAUAUUGCAUGCAACCAAUUUGACCUCUUUGUUAACUAAUGAGAGGUUCCAUAGAUGUAUGCUUGCCUGUUCUGCUGAACUAGUUCUGGCAACACAUAAGACUGUCACAAUGUUGUUUCCUGCCGUGUUGGAGAGGACCGGCAUUACAGCUUUUGAUCUUAGCAAGGUCAUAGAGAGUUUUAUUAGACAUGAGGAAUCCCUCCCGAGAGAACUGAGGCGUCAUCUGAAUUCAUUGGAAGAACGACUUUUGGAGAGCAUGGUAUGGGAAAAGGGUUCCUCAAUGUAUAAUUCUUUGAUAGUGGCAAGACCUAGUCUCUCUGCUGAAAUAAAUCGACUUGGGUUAUUGGCGGAACCAAUGCCAUCUUUAGAUGCAAUUGCCAUGCAUCAUAAUUUUUCUUGUGGAGGGGUUCCACCCAUGCCAUCUUUGCAGAAACAUGAGACUUUACCAGGUCAGCAUGGGGAUAUCAGAUCUCCAAAGAGACUGUGCAUGGAUUAUCGAAGUGUAUUAGUAGAGAGGAAGUCAUUUACAUCCCCAGUCAAGGAUCGCCUCCUGAGCAACCUUAAAUCAAAGCUACCACCGCCCGCUUUGCAGUCUGCAUUUGCUAGCCAUUCUUUAACAUGGGCUUCUACUUGGGAUAUCCAUGUGUGCAGUCCAACACGGCCAAAUCCAGGUGGUGGAGGGGAGACGUGUGCAGAAACUGGAAUUAGUAUAUUCUUUGGCAAGAUAACUAAGUUGGCAGCGGUCAGAAUCAAUGGUAUGGUUGAAAGGCUGCAACUAUCUCAACAGAUCAGGGAGAAUGUGUAUUGUCUUUUUCAGCAAAUAUUAAGUCAGCGGACGCCACUAUUUUUUAACCGCCACAUUGACCAAAUCGUACUUUGUUGUUUUUAUGGAGUUGCAAAGAUAUCUCAACUUACCCUGACCUUUAAGGAAAUUAUUCACAACUACAGGAAGCAACCACAAUGUAAACCACAAGUUUUCCGCAGUGUGUUUGUGGAUUGGUCAUCUGCCCGGCGCAAUGGGGAACAUGUUGAUAUCAUUACAUUUUACAAUGAAAUAUUUAUUCCGGCUGUGAAGCCUCUGUUGGUUGAGCUUGGCCCUGCUGGAACAACUACAAAAACUAACCGAGUUCCUGAAGUCAACAAUAAUACUGAUGCUCAAUGUCCUGCAUCUCCUAAAAUAUCUCCUUUUCCAAGUCUCCCUGAUAUGUCCCCAAAGAAAGUAUCAGCAGCACAUAAUGUAUACGUCUCUCCAUUGCGAUCAUCAAAGGUCUUGGACUCGGGGAAGACGAUUGGCAGUGCUAAGAUGUGUUCGGGACUCUAUCUUCUAGAGAAGGAUGCUCUAAUCUCACAUAACUCGAAAGGUUACUAUGCUUGCGUUGGAGUGAGUACUCAUGCAUAUCAAAGCCCUUCGAAAGACUUGAGUGCUAUCAAUAACCGCUUGAAUGGGACCCGAAAGCUCAGAGGUACCUUAAACUUCGAUGAUGUUGAUGUCGGCUUGGUUAGUGAUUCUAUGGUGGCCAACAGUCUCUAUCUUCAGAAUGGGAGUUGUGCAUCCACAUCUGGUGCACCACUGAAAUCUGAGCAACCUGACUCCUAAUUUGAUGGACAGGGUGACCUCAUAUGUAAAUUCUUAGUGUCUCAUUCUUCCCCCGUUUUAAUCUAUUUAUGUUUCAAACCUGUGAGAUGGGGUAUGGUAUGAGCGGUUUAGUUAUUUUAGGAUGGCCGCCACAAUCCCCGUAUGCUUAUUUAAGGUAGGUAUGGGGCUUUCCGAAAAUUUAGUUCACUCUGACCGACUAAUUUAAUAAAAUUACACUUGUUGUUUUUUUUUUUUUUCAA